CGCCACUUUGGUGCAUUUUCUUUCAAUCCGUGCGCUCGAAUUUGCAGAGAGAGUUCCCCAUCAAAAUUCUGUGCGAGGAAGGGAAGCGAUCGAUCGGUAAAGACGGGGGGGAGCCUAAGAGAAAAGAGGCUCAAAUUCGAUCUCGAUUGUGCGUGAGGGCAGGCGAACAUGUCUGAUUCAGAGCACCACUUCGAAUCGAAGGCCGAUGCAGGAGCCUCAAAGACGUACCCUCAGCAGGCGGGUACCAUUCGCAAAAAUGGCUACAUCGUCAUAAAAGCCAGGGCUUGCAAGGUAGUUGAGGUAUCUACCUCAAAGACAGGCAAACACGGGCAUGCAAAGUGUCACUUUGUUGGAAUUGAUAUCUUCAAUGGUAAAAAGCUCGAAGAUAUUGUUCCAUCUUCCCACAAUUGUGAUGUUCCUCAUGUUAAUCGCACUGAUUAUCAGUUGAUUGAUAUUUCAGAGGAUGGAUUUGUGAGCCUGCUGACUGAUAAUGGAAACACUAAGGAUGAUCUCAGGCUCCCCACUGAUGAUCAACUGCUUACCCAGAUCAAAGAUGGUUUUGGAGAGGGGAAAGACCUUGUUGUGACUGUGAUGUCUGCAAUGGGAGAGGAGCAGAUCUGUGCUCUGAAAGAUAUUGGUCCAAAAUGAAGCAAAAUUUUAACCAUGAAAUUUGGAGGAGACAAUGAUGUCCUUCGAUUCCUGUUAUUAGCCUCACUAGCUUUCAGUUUGGAAAUGCAUAACAACAUAGCCUUGUGCAAAUGUAUUAUUGAAGCAUUUGAGAUAUACAAAGAUAAUACUAUACUAGGCUUCUAUAGCCUUUAUGUCAGGGUUACAAGUUUGUUGACUGAAUCCAGGAUUUUUCACCUUUUAUGUUAAAAAGGUGCGAGACUUUAUAAGUAUCAUGCACAUUUUAUUUCGUGACUUGCUUUUGGAAUGCGUGAGAUUUUGUUGGGGAUAUGAGAUUCAAUUUUUAGAUAUUCAAAUGAUUAUUUAAAUCAA